GAGAGAGAGAGGGCGGCGCGGGAGCGGCAGCGCGGACACGGGGAGACCGAGCUCCAGGCCCCGAGAACAUGUCCACCAUGGUUUACCCGCGGGAGGAGAAGCUGGAGAAACUGAGCCAGGAGGAGAUCAUCUCCAACACCAGGAUUGUUAUCCAGGGGCUCGAGGCCCUGAAGAAUGAGCACCACUCCAUCCUCCACAGCCUCCUGGAGACCAUCCGCUGCCUCAAGAAGGAUGAGGAGGCCAAUCUGGUGCAUGAGAAGUCCAACCUCAUCAGGAAGUCGGUGGAGAUGAUCGAGCUGGGACUGGGGGAGGCUCAGGUGAUGAUGGCGCUGUCGAACCACCUGAGCGCGGUGGAGUCUGAGAAGCAGAAGCUGAGGGCACAGGUGCGGCGGCUGUGCCAGGAGAACCAGUGGCUGCGGGAUGAGUUGGCCAAUACCCAGCAGAAGCUGCAGCACAGUGAGCAGACUGUGGCCCAGCUCGAGGAGGAGAAGAAGCACCUGGAGUUCAUGAACCAGCUCAAGAAAUAUGACGAGGACGUCUCGCCCUCUGAAGAAAAAGAUGGUGACACGUCCAAAGAUUCACUGGAUGAUCUCUUCCCCAAUGAUGAGGAGGAAACCGGGCAAGGCAUGUCCCAUCAGCACAACAGCAGUGCUGUGGCUGCUGCCCAGCAGGGAGGCUAUGAGAUCCCGGCCCGGCUCCGCACGCUGCACAACCUGGUGAUCCAGUACGCCUCGCAGGGCCGCUAUGAGGUGGCGGUGCCACUGUGUAAACAGGCCCUGGAGGACCUGGAGAAGACAUCUGGCCAUGACCACCCUGACGUGGCCACCAUGCUCAACAUUCUGGCUCUCGUCUACAGAGACCAGAAUAAGUACAAAGAGGCGGCACACCUGCUGAACGACGCUCUGUCCAUCAGAGAGAAGACCCUGGGCAGAGACCAUCCCGCGGUGGCAGCAACGCUCAAUAACCUGGCUGUGCUGUACGGGAAACGAGGCAAAUACAAGGAGGCUGAGCCGCUGUGCAAAAGAGCGCUGGAGAUCCGGGAGAAGGUACUGGGCAAAGACCACCCCGACGUGGCCAAGCAGCUGAACAACCUGGCGUUGCUGUGCCAGAAUCAGGGCAAGUACGAGGAGGUGGAGUAUUACUACCGGCGGGCGCUGGAAAUCUACGAGUCCCGGCUCGGGCCUGACGACCCCAACGUGGCCAAAACCAAGAACAACCUGGCCUCGUGCUACCUGAAGCAGGGCAAGUACAAGGACGCGGAGGCCUUGUACAAGGAGAUCCUGACCCGGGCCCACGAGAAGGAGUUUGGCUGUGUGGAUGGUGAAAAUAAACCAAUCUGGAUGCACGCUGAGGAGCGAGAGGAGCUGAGCAAGGGAAGACACAAGGACAGCGCCCCAUAUGCAGAAUACGGCGGCUGGUACAAGGCUUGCAAGGUUAACAGCCCCACAGUGAACACUACGCUGCGAAACCUGGGUGCUCUGUACCGGCGCCAGGGGAAGCUGGAGGCCGCGGAGACGCUGGAGGAGUGUGCGACACGAUCCCGCAAACAGAGCACCUCUGGUCUGGACCCCAUCAACCAGACUAAAGUGGUGGAGAUCUUGAAAGAUGGUGAGACCCCUGAGCGGAGACGGAACCAGGGGCUGGUCAAGUACGAGGGGAGCUCGGAGGGGGGUGAGGAAGUGAGCAUGGCCGUGGAGUGGACUGGGGCUUAAAUGCCACCUACGACCGUCCUGUGUCCAAGAGCGAGGAUAUGUACGUGGCUUUACCUUCCAGCGACCCUCCCUCUACCAUUCCUGCCUGUCUGCGGUGAUCUCCUCUCCAUCACUACUAAACUAAAGAAGGGACAUCUUACCUCUCCUGUGUACUGAGAAAUUGUCAGCAGCGCUCUGUAACCCUGCGUUGUAAUCACUUUAAACCUACUCUGUCCCUUGUCCUGACCUCAAAUAGUCCCUUCUCAUCCAUAUAAUCUUUCCCCGCACUCACUUCCCCACAGCUCACUCCCUGAUGGAAAGGGUCGUUUGUGUCAGUUUUUGUGUCAGGGAUUUGAACUGAGAGCAGCUUCUGCUAUUUGCAAAUGGCGGUGGGGAACGUGAGCUGAGAGUAUGUACGCAGAGACCUUUAUCCAUCUCUUGUCCUAUCUGUGUGUGUUGCUGAAACGUGAAGCGCGUUCAGUUAUUGUGUGCCGGUCGGUGUGUUCAGAGCUGUAUCACAGCACAGAUAGAGGCCAUUCAGCCUUUCGUCCCUGUGCUCAUGCUCGCUCCCCACUGGGGUCAUCAAACCUCUACUCUUUCCCUGUGCCGCUCAGUAUCAUUUUUCCUCAAGUAUUUAUCCAGUUCUCUUUUAAAUGUUGUUACAGACUCGUCAGCCAUUAGUGGUAAAGCAGACCCCACUCUUAACGACCUCUGUUUAAAAAAAAAAUAAUUCUAAUGUCUUCUUUCUUGCCUGCUGAUAUUCCUCAGUAACACCCUAUUGUCUAUAUUCCCUACUGUCACUGACUCGCUGCUCAGUGGAGAUGUUUUAAUUUACUUUUAUUCAAAGCAUUACUUAGCAGCUUGAGAACCCGUUAAAUUUCCCCCGUUAAUCCUCCAGUCUCUCCAGGUAACUGUAAACUGUUGGUCAUGGGGGGUGUCUGUGAAAUUCAGAACUCAGCUGGUGAAUGGGAAAUGUACAGAUGUCUUACCAGUCUUGCCGUUCCCACAGCCUGUGACGUUCAGAGUAGAUUUUAGUCACAUCUAACAUUUUAUAGAUUUUAGCAUUAUGUAUCGAGUCCUAGUGCCCUGUGUUUAUUAUUCAGUGAUAGAUUGUUGUUCGGGCAGUUUGAAACCAGGUGUGAUGCAGCCCUGCCCAACAGGCUAUGGACAGCAGUAUCUCAGCUCAACUCAGUGCAGUACUCACUGGUGUACCCAAUGUGUCACCAGUACGAGGGCUGUCAGAGUCUCAGUUGGUCCUGUGUUACGGUGGUGGAGGAGUCAUAUCACCUCCCGAGAGAAGACCCCCCCCCCCCAGGUGCUUGGGAAUCCCUUCCUUCUCCUGUCUAAACUGCUAAAUAUUGAAUUACUUUUCCCACUCGUACACCUGCUGCCGCCGUAACUGUGCUCACAGAGCUGCCUUGCAGGACCCCAUAUCGAAUGAGAUGAGCGCAGCCCCUACCCUCUCUUUCCCGUUCCUUCACCCGCCUCCUCCCACUUAGUCGAGUGUGUUGUGUUGUAGCCCUGAGCUGGUGCAGUGAGAGUGGCACAGAGCUGUGUCACUUUACCCACCUGGUAUCAGGGCAUCGUUACAGUGCCUGGGAAUCAGGCCUUCUCUCACAGAUGCUGCCUCUCCUGAUUCCCUAUUGCUCUCUCUCUCUUAUCUCUCUCCAUUCAUCUCCUUUCUCAUUCACUGUUUGUUCUUUCUUACUCGCUCGCUAACUCUUGCUCUAUCUGUGUGUGUGUGUGUGUGUGUGUUUCUCUCUUUCUCUCUCCCUCUCUCUGGCUGUGUCUCUGUCUCUCUCCCUCUCUCUCAUACACACUCUUUACUCCGUUUGUCUAUAUGUCUCUCUGAGGUUGGGAACUGUGGAUGGAUUGAUUAUUUUCUCUGCACUCCCUCUUUGUAGCUGUUUUUUUUCUCUGUUUUUCAUUUUUUAUUUUUGAAUUGCUGUAACAAAAAAAUUAAUAUCUAAUAAAUGUUGUCUCUGGAUGGAACUCUGA